AUGGACUCAACUUGGUAUCCAUUGCAGCAAAUAGACACCGAAUAUAGUGCUGAUAGUGUUGAAUGGUGUCCUCAUCAAGCAUUCGAUGACGUGGUUGUGUGUGGCACUUACCAAUUAGCUCAGAAUGAUGGUGGAACAAAUUCGCGCUUAGGUCGUGUGUUAUUAUAUCAAUUGCAAGAUGAUCAAUAUUGGAUCGAGCACAGCAGAAUAAAUACUCCAGCAAUUUUAGAUAUGAAAUGGUGCUGCCAGCAAAAUUUACCUGUGAUUGCUUUAGCGGAUGCCGCUGGAUGCGCUUCACUCUAUUCUAUUGCUGACGAUGAAGGAAAAAUCGGAUUAAAUCUUUUAAAUUCUUGCUGCUUCGAUUCGUCAGCUUUGGCUCUAUCAUUAGAUUGGUCUUCGCGAUGCAAUGCAGAUCGAUUGGCUGUUAGUGAUUCUACAGGGAAACUAAAUAUAUUUCAAGCUGGUUCUGGUUCCUCAUUAACUGCAGAUCGGCGAUGGUUAGCUCAUGAUUAUGAAGCUUGGAUAAUUGCAUUUGAUCGAUGGAAUGAUAACAUUGUAUAUUCAGGUGGUGAUGAUUGCAAGCUAAAAGGAUGGGAUCUUCGGACAGAAUGUUCAAGUGCAGUAUUUACUAGCAAGCGUCAUUCUAUGGGCGUUUGUAGCAUUCACUGUAAUCCACAUAAAGAUUUUAUCAUCGCAACCGGAAGCUAUGAUGAAAAUAUUUUCAUAUGGGAUAGUCGCCAUAUGACUAAACCAUUGAGCCGUAUUGAAGUUGGGGGUGGUGUGUGGAGACUGAAAUGGAAUCCGAAUAUACCCGAUAUUUUACUUGCAGCAUGUAUGCAUAAUGGCUUUUCCAUUAUCAAACCUACGAUUGUUGUUUCAUAUAAAGAACAUAGCUCCUUAGCUUACGGUUGCGACUGGAAAGUAAUGAAAGAAAAAUCUGAUCAAGAGCAAUCGCCAAAGCCUUCUAAUGAGCUAAAAUGUGAUCAACUUGUUGCAUCAUGCUCGUUUUACGAUCAUUCUCUUCAUCUAUGGUACUGGAGGACUGGCGUAAAUUUGUAA